UUUUUUCCUCUCUCUCUCUCUCUCCGGUCUUUUUAGCUUGGUGGGUCUCCCCGCUCACUUUCUCUCUCCAUUUAAUUGCAUUACGCCACCGCCGUUACACGCGGCAAUUUUGUUUCCAUUUUUAAAACUUAAAACAACACUAACAAUAAUAACACUCGUAUCAUCAUUUUGCUUAGUAAUAAUAAUCUGAGAGAGAGAGAGAGAGCCCAGCAUAGGGAAAAGGGUACCUUGGUGGUUGUUGUUGUUGUUGUUGGUGUUGGCUUGUAGCUGUGUUGGUACUUGGCGGUGAGGAUUGGAUUAAGAUUGGGAUUAGAUUGGGGUUUGGCUUGAGGGCCUUGAAUGCCAUCUGGGUUUUACCUCUCUCUGGCAAACAAGUCCCAAAGCUGAACCCUUUCACUCUUCUCUCUUCUUCACCUACAGAAAUGGUAGAAGACGUGUGUUUCUUCCACAAGGACAUUCUUGUUAUAAAGCCUCCAAUGAAAUCACCAACGCUAUUAAGGAUGGCAGUCUUGGUGUUUUCCGUGGUUUGUGGCAUUUUUAUCUUCUCGGUAUGUCUAAAGCAGAUAAGCACCCAAGCAAGGACCAACUUUGUGGAGUUCAAUGUAGUUGAGAAGCCUUAUCAGAGCAGAAUGAGGCUAAUCAACAUUUCGUACUUACAUUAUCCCAAACCUGUAUCAUUUAACAGGAAUGAGUGUUCUCAUAAUCCUGUACUAUUCUUUGCCAUAUUGUCGAAUCAGAGAUCAGGCAGCGGGUGGUUUGAGACCCUUUUGAAUAGUCACAUUAAUGUAAGCUCAAAUGGGGAAGUCUUUUCUGCUAAAGAGAGAAGGCAAAAUGCUUCUUCUAUUAUACAGACGUUGGAUAGAGUUUACAAUUUAGACUGGUUCAAUAGUGCUUCCAAGAAUGAAUGUUCUGCUGCAACCGGAUUAAAGUGGAUGCUUAAUCAGGGAGUAAUGGAGCAUCAUAAGGAAGUAGUGGAAUACUUCAAUAGAAGAAGUGUUUCGGUCAUAUUUCUUUUCCGGAGAAACUUACUACGAAGGAUGGUAUCGAUGCAUGCCAAUUCAUAUGACCGUUAUGCUAAGCUUUUGAAUGGAACUCAUAAAUCUCAUGUACACUCUCCAGAAGAGGCUGAUAUUCUUUCAAGGUACAAGCCUACCAUAAACUCUACAUCAUUGCUGGAUGACUUAAAGGACAUGGAGAAGAGAGCCACAAACGCUUUAGAAUACUUCAACAGCACUCGGCAUAUGAUAUUGUACUAUGAGGAUCUCAUGAGAAAUCGCACUAAGCUAAAAGAUGUGCAAGAGUUUCUAGGAUUGCCUCCGAUGGAGUUAUCGAGCUGUCAGGUUAAGAUACACAAGGGGCCAUUGUCAGACCACAUUCAAAACUGGGAUGAGGUUAACAAGACACUGCGAGGAACCGCAUACGAGAGUUUCCUCGAAGCUGACUACUAGUGGUAAUCUCCUCUAACUGCUCCAAAGGUGUAAAUACCAACUUCACUGAUCUUUUUGCCCCCAGGAAAAAUCCUGUUCUAGAGUUUUGAUUUUGGCUUAGAACACUCCAAACUGUGUUCUGUUGCCUUCUGUGUCACUACCUCCUGAUCAAGUCAACACUGUUGAUUGUUCAUAACCCCCUUGCUGAGUGAAACAUGUAUAUGCCAUUACCACUUAAUUAUUUUAACUAAACAAGAGCAUUUGCUUUUACUCAA